AUGACCGCCGGCCUCCUCUACGUAACUAUGCAGCCGCAGUGCGGCUUGCCGGAUGCUCAGUUCCACGACUGGUACAAUAACGAACACGGCCCCCUUCGCCUGCGUCUUCCUUUCUUCCCCAACGGCUUCCGCUAUCGCGCAACCGACGCCGACGCCGAGAGUCCCUACAGCGCAACAAAGCACGAAUGGGUGGCUCUGUAUGAUAUCACUGACUCGGCAGAGUUUGUGCGCCCGCCAUAUACCACCCUGCGCGAAGACACUAUCAAGACGGAGCGCGAGAAGCAGACUAUGUCACAGAUCUCAGUCGACAGACGCAUGUUUGACUUUGUAAAGGAAUGGAAAGCGGAUGACUACAAGCAGGCGGAGGACAUCGACGCGGAUUCAGAGGGGACUGUGUUAAUCUCAGUGUGCUUCAAGAUCCAGCCUGGAACAGAGGACAAGCUUACUAGUUGGUAUAACGAGGAACACGUUGACAUGCUGAAAAAGGUGCCUGGCUGGCGCCGCUCAAGGCGUUUUGUUACUUCCUCCGUUCUCAAUCCAUCGGCGGAGACGAAGGAGUACCUGGCGCUGCAUGAGUAUGCGCCCAAGAAUGGCCUUGGAGGGCCUGAGUUCAAGGCUGCCACGUCAUCGGAUAGGGCCAAGGAUGUUUAUGGUACUGUAGUUUCUGGCCGUGUCCGACGUGCGUAUCAAUGGUACUACACAUUUGGACCGGCGCCAAGAGACCUGAAUUCGUUAUCUGAUGCUGCAUACGCGGCCACAUUUUCAUCUCGGGACGGACUGACCAAGACCUUUUCUGCGUCAACAACAGCCAAUAAGCGAGCUCUGAUCCAGUCAUUCGUCACUACCCCAGACGGGGUGCAGCUUCCCUUCAAGCUCGAAGGAAGCUCUAAUCCAGAGGCGCCUCUGAUCGUCUUUGUGAACUCCAUCCUGUCUGAUUGGGGCAUCUGGGACGAGUUCCUGGAUUUGUUUUUCGCAAAGCCAGAGAACCGGAAAUACCGCGUUCUACGCUACCGCCCACGGGGUCGUGCCAGUGACCCAGGCGAGACGCCAAUCACACUCGAUCUGCUGAGCCAAGACGUCAUCACCAUCCUCGAUGCCAUGCGCGUGCAAAAGGCAGCGUUCGUAAUCGGAGUCAGCCUAGGCGGCGCCACAUCACUCAAUGUCGCACUCAAAUACCCCUCUCGUGUGCAGAGCUUCAUUGCUUGUGACACCAACUCCCUGGCACCGCCUAGCAACCCAACCGCAUGGGGAGAACGCAUCGCCUUGGCCGAAAACGACCCACAAGCGCCAACCGAUCCAUCCACCGGUGCCAGGCUUGUCGGCGAAAAACUGGCUGAAGCGACCACACGCCGCUGGUUUGUGGCUGAAAGCUACGACGGCGGUGUGGGCCAAGCACGCGCCGAGAAGGUCAAAAAGUAUGUCUUUGACAACCACCUUGAAGGAUUUAAAAAGAGCGUCAAAGCCCUGUACUCGUACGACUUGCGGGACGCUAUGAAGACCGCCGGAGAUGGGGUGUUACCACAGGGAAUGAAGAAGAUGGCUGAGGAUUAUGGUGGGAAUGGAGCGGGCCAUUUGCCAAUGGCUGAGCAGCCUGAGAAGUUCUUGGAGGCUGUAGAGGGGUUUCUGUAG